AAAGACUCAGACGGAAGAGGACUUUUAUUUUGAUAGUGAUGAUCGCUCAUACGGCGCACCGGCGGAAGAGCGCUAGUUCUAAACGGUGCUGCAUAUUAAUGCAUGUUUGUCUCGCUGUGUUAAGAAUUCUGGACACAUGAAUCGGUUUGCUGUUGAGACAAGCACCAGAUUGUGAUGCUGUGUGUUCAUGUGCGUGUGAUCAGAGGAAACCACAUCUCACACCUCUACCUGCACUAAUCUGGGAAAACUCUCAAAUACAGCCACUCAUUCAUCUCCAUUACUACAUGCCAUGCAACAAAGCCCAUGCAUACAGCUCUGACUUGCCUCUAUUAAAGGAGCAUCCCUCAGCCUGUGCACUGCCCUGUUAAAGGACCACUGCAACCAUUAUCAUGACCCACAUCAACGCCUGCUCUGCUCUUCUUUAAGUUGUGCUCUCAUUCAGAGUUCUGCUGUGUGCUUCCUCUUACAUAGUGAAUGUUGGCUCUCCCCUCUGAUACAUGUUCUCUGGUGUGCCGAAUAAAAGGCUCAAGUUGAUUAAUCUCUCUGUCUGUUGUGUUCUGACCGACACCCUGGUACACUGUUAUAUCCAUACGCAACUAGCCCCUACACUUCAGGUCAGCCUUCGCUACAUUUUAUGGUCCUUCGAGCCGGAUAACAGCUGUGCUGGGACAAUGCAGCCGAGUGAUGAAGCAUCAUGGGCCACGCCAGUCAGGCCUAAACGGCAUAUAAGACAACCAACAUACUUACAAGAUUAUGUCACCGGAGUAAAGCCACCAACGAGGUCUAGCCCAGCACCACACAGUAUGCCCCCCUUCACACCUGGAGGGGCUGAAUGGAUCCCACGGUCUCAUGUAAGAGGGACUGCAACCCCUGGCACAAGAAAUGAGUUUGUCCCUGGCUCGGAUGAGAGCCUUAGAGGCACGAGCCUAUCAUUGUCACAACCACAAACCUCUACGCCCCGUAUUGAAGCCCAUCACACUGAUGAUGAAAGAGACUACAGUCAGUGGUAUGACGGAAGUCAGCAGGACUAUUAUGACAAUUCAACAGAGGUCAGGAGGCAGACGCCACAACAAUGGACCACCUCUACCAAAGCUCAGAGAUUAGAACAGCAGAAAUCGUACACAGAUCGGUGGCCCAUCCCCCCUCCUGCAAUGACGGAUGACUACUCAGCUAUGGAUGAAGAUGAGUACUAUAGAGAUCCACCGCCUCCGCCAUGGCCCACUGCUGAGUACCCUCCUAUGCCCAGAAGGGACCAAGAGGAGCACAGAGUCAUCACCAUCAUAGACAGGAUGAUGAAAGAGCUACAGCUCAUGAGAAAUCAAACAGUACUUAGCACCCCAGCUCAUGCUCGCCAGCACUCUGCCCCACAAGACUCUUCUCAGUACAAAGAAAGCAGGGCUCCAGGUUAUGCUCAGCCUCGUACUCAAAGGUCAGAAUAUCACUCACCUACACCCAACACUGGAGUUCGAUCCUAUGCUCAGUUUCCUGCCCAGGCCGACACGAGCCACCCUCACGGCUCACCAGGCCUACCAUACUCACCUGGAUCCAUGUCACUGGGUCGAGUACAAUACCAGGGACCAGCGCCAAGGAUCCCCCUCUUCGUCCAUAAGGACCCGAUGGAGUUCUCCAGGCUCAAACUGGCUCUAACAAACCUGCUACCUGCUGAUGCCCCUGAGCUAUAUAAGUACCAGAUUCUUGUAGAUCAUGUGAAACUUGAGGAUGCCUGUCUCAUCGCCGACUCCUUUAUUAACUCACCCCUGCCUUACACAGACACAAUGGCAGCCCUGACAGAGAAGUUUGGCCAACCACAUCAUGUAGCCUUAAAGAGGAUUACAUCCAUCAUGGACACGCCUGAGAUCAAGAGAGGAGACGUAACUGCCUUCGAAAAGUUCUCACUGAAUGUGCAGUCACUGGUGGGCAUGCUACAGACGUUGGGACCAGACGGUGAUGUGGAGCUAAGAUGUGGCUCUCAUGUGGCUCGGCUUCUCACUAAGCUUCCUGCGGAGAUGAGAGCAAACUUCAGACGACAGAUGCUGUAUGGUCCUGGGCAUACUCAUACUUUACGAGAUUUAGCAGAAUGGCUAAGACAUGAGUCCUGGUGUCAAGGAUAUGACAACCUCUCUGAUGUCCAUACCGCCAGAGGGCCCACAGGCUACCAAGCAGAGAAGCGGCGCAGCCGGCCGGCAGCUACCGUACUUCAUGGUGCAGAGGGUCGUGUACCUGGUCAGACGGGGAAGCAAGAGAGUCACAGCUCAUUUAAACCAACAAAGAAAGGCAAGGCGAACCCGUAUUGCCCUUAUUGUGAGAACAACGACCACUUCCUGAAUAAGUGCCCUGAAAUUCAGAAACUUAGCAGAGAGGAAAUCAGAGAGUGGAUAAGAGUAAACAAGAGAUGCUGGAAAUGUGGGCGAGCCCAUCAGGCAGCCCAGUGUGACCUCAAGAGGCUCUGCGACUUGUGUCAGGAGAGGCACCUAAGGAUACUGCACGAUGCCAACAUGCGUCCCAGGGUAGAACCGCCGAAGACAGAGAGCUGCCUGGUAAGCUCUGGAACAGACAUACUCUACCUGGACAGACCAUCGGUGCAUUCACGUGUUCUGCUGAAAGUCGUCAGGGUACUUCUGCGCAACAGAGACAAGACACUAGACACAUAUGCUGUUCUGGACGACGGCUCCGAGCGAACAAUGCUCCUCGCCGAGGCUGCUCACAAACUAGGCCUACAAAGAAAGCCUGAGGACCUGGCCCUCCGCACAAUCAGACAUGAGGUUCAAACUCUGAAGGGAUCCUCUGUCUCAUUCAGUAUCUCCACCCCUUUCAGUCCUAAGAAGACCUUUCGUAUUGCAGACGCCUUUACCUCCCCAUGCUUGGCUCUGGCAGAUCACACCUACCCCAUUGCUCGACUGAAGAAAGGGUACAAGCAUCUGGCGGAUAUUCCCCUCGAGCCCUUAGAGCAUGUAAAGCCACUUAUACUUAUAGGUGCGGAUCACCCCCAUCUCCUAACACCAAUUGAGCCGGUGAUACUUGGCCCACCAGGAGGACCAGCAGCUGUUCACACAAGGCUGGGAUGGACCCUACAAGGACCUGCUCAUCUCAUGCAGUGUACAACGAGUACCAGGCAGUGUCUUUUCACCAGUAUCUCCCCUCAGACAGAGCUGGCACAGAACGUAGAAAGGCUUUGGAAGAUGGACGUGCUGCCCUACCAAAACAGCAAAGUGGUUGUACGUUCAAGGCAAGAUACGGAAGCAGUGGAGAUCCUUGAGAAUAAGACGAGGCGAGUAAAUGUUGCAGGUGUUCUCAGGUACGCAACCCCACUGCUGAGGAAACGGAAAUAUCCCUCCCUCAGAGCACCUAAAGAGGCCGUCCUAUCAAGUCUCAGAAGUCUGGAAAGGCGGCUGGAAAAGAACCCCCAACGGGCUAGCGAGUACUGUGAGGCAAUCCACAAGCUGGUGGAGACGGGAGCCGUCAGAAAGGUGGAUCCACAGGAAUCCCCACUCACAGAGGAAUCGUGGUACAUACCCCACCACCUAGUGAGCCAUAAUGAGAAAAGUCGUCUGGUCUUCAACUGUUCGUACCAGUUCCAGGGACGAAGCCUGAAUGAUGCUCUUCUUCCGGGACCCACUCUAGGACCAUCUCUGCUUGGAGUCCUGCUGCGCUUCAGGGAGCACGCGGUGGCAGUCAGUGGAGAUAUCCGCAGUAUGUUCCACCAAGUUCGGCUCCUCCCAGAAGACUGUUCGCUCCUUAGAUUCCUCUGGAGGGACAUGAAGCGAAACGAGCCCCCAGACAUCUUUGAGUGGCAGGUUCUGCCUUUCGGCACUGCAUGUUCACCUUGUUGCGCCAUCUUUGCUCUCCAGAAGCAUGCAAGAGAACAUGGUGGACCAGACGAAAGGGUCAGGAAUUCGGUGGAGCAGUGUUUCUACGUGGACAACUGUCUUCAGAGUGUGUCCACAGCAGAAGAGGCUAAAGAGCUGGUGGAUCAGAUCAGGGAAGUCUUGGCUGCAGGAGGAUUCGAGAUCCGCCAAUGGGCCUGCAAUGUUCCCGAUGUCCUUAAGCACCUACCUGGAGAAGCAAGGUCCGACGGGAUGGAGAGGUGGCUGUCACACAAUGAGUCUGGCAUGGCGGAACCAACCCUUGGACUCAGCUGGCACUGGGAAACAGACACCUUAGGCUACAAGAGCCGGCCCCUGGACUAUGGAUCGUUAACCAUGAGAAACGUCUAUAAGGUGCUGGCCCGGCAAUAUGAUCCGCUGGGGUUCAUCUCGCCCUUUACAACUCGUGCUAAGCUGAUUGUCCAGAGCAUGUGGGAUGGACUGCGAGAUUGGGAUGACCCAAUUAUUCCCCCAGAUUUGCAGAAAGCGUGGAUGGAAUGGGAGUCGGAGUUACCUCUGCUGUCACGCAUCACCCUACCACGUCCAUAUGCUCCAGCUCAUACAGAACAGAGCUUGGUCUCUAGACAAAUCCAUGUCUUCAGUGACGCCUCCGAAAAGGCUUAUGGGGCUGUGUCUUACCUGAGAACUGAAGAUGGAGAGGGACGAGUCUACCUAGGGUUCCUAGCAGCAAGAUCAAGGGUGGCCCCCAGACGGCAAUGCUCAAUCCCCCGCCUCGAACUCUGUGGCGCCUUGUCAGCUGCUCAGCUUGCACAGACAAUCGAGAAGGAACUGAGCAUCAAAACAGAUCGGACGAUUCUCUGGAGUGACUCCACAACGGUGCUUACUUGGUUAAAAUCAGAGUCAUGCCGCUUUAAGGUCUUCGUCGGCACUCGUAUAGCGGAAAUUCAGGAGCUUACAGAGCAGAGUGAGUGGCGCUACGUAGACUCAGCGCAGAACCCAGCUGACGAUGUCACCUGA